AUGACAGCAGACCUCGAAGCCAUUUUCGCCCGCCCGAUUGCGCAUCGCGGAUACCAUGAUGCCGACAACGGCAUUAUUGAAAACACGCCGACGGCCAUUACAGCAGCGAUCGGGAAAAACUUCGCCAUAGAGGUAGACGUCCAGGAAACGGCCGAUGGCAAGGCUCUGGUCUUUCACGACUAUACCCUGGACCGACUGGCCGAGGGCACGGGCAAGGUCAUCGACCUGCCGUCAGACGAUCUCGCCGGGAUCCACAUGAAGACCGGCACCGACAAACUCUGGUUCUUGCAGGACCUGUUCGAUCUCGUAGACGGAAAAGUCCCGCUUGUCAUAGAGAUCAAGUCCCUCAUGCGGCGUGACGCGCAAGGUACAUUCGUGCGUGAUGUUACUGAUCAGGUCGCCAGGUACCGUGGCCCGGCCUGCAUCAAGACCUUCGAUCCGGACAUGCUGUCCCAUGCGCGGCGUGAAAAUCCUUCCGUUCUGCGUGGAAUUGUGGCCGACGGGGCAGAGUCCGGUCCGGGCUAUGCCCGCUAUGGACGCACCGAUCGCUUCAUCCUGCGUCAUUUGCUGCACGCUCCGCGCACGCGUCCGCAUUUCAUCUCCUACGGCGUCAAGGAUCUGCCCAGAGCCGGACCCAGCCUGCUCAGGUCCUUGUUCAAGCUGCCGCUCAUGACAUGGACGGUCAGAACCAGAGACCAGCGCGAAACCGCUGCCCGCUAUGCGGACCAGAUCGUGUUCGAAGGCUUCGACCCGGACAUCGACAACACCAGUCCCUGA